UGAGGGGUGACGGAGCAGAGCGCGGGUGUCCGAAUCUCGAUGAGCGUCGCCCGACUCCUGCCGCUGGCUCUGGUGCCCUUCUACUCGGCCUUCCUCUUCAAGGCGACGCUGCGAGGGCCGCCACUCGUCAAGUUUACGUUUGCGGACGUGUACGACUACAUUGUGGUGGGCGGCGGCUCGGCCGGAGCGGUGGUGGCCAGCCGGCUGUCCGAAGACCCCGGCGUGAGCGUGCUGCUACUCGAGGCCGGAGGCCUUCCCAACUUCUUCUUGGACGUGCCGCUGCUGGCCGCCGAGAUCCAGCAGACCAAGUUCGACUGGGCCUACCGGACUGUGCCGCAGGAGGUCUCUUGCUUCGGACUCAAGAACAGGCAAAGCCUGUGGCCUCGCGGCAAGGUGCUCGGAGGCUCGAGCGUGCUCAACUACAUGCUGUACGUGCGGGGCAACCGGAGAGACUACGACCGCUGGGAACGAGAGCUGGGCUGCCUCGGUUGGGGAUGGGACUCCGUGCUGCCCUACUUCCUCAAGUCCGAGGACAACAGGGAUCCAGAGAUUGCCUUCAACGGCUACCACGGCAGGGGAGGCUACCUGACGGUUUCCACGGCUCCGUACACGUCUCCCCUGGCCCACGCCUUCGUAGCCUCUGGGAUGGCGCUCGGCUACCCCAACCUCGACCCGAACGGGCCCGUCCAGACAGGGUUCGCCAUACCCCAAGGCACGGUGAGGCGUGGCGGUCGUUGCAGCACAGCCAAAGCCUUCUUGGAACCCUGCAGGGGAAGACAGAACCUGCACAUCCUGGUGCGAGCACGCGUCACAAAGAUCCUGUUCAGCGAAAUGAAGAGAGCAUCCACGGUCCUCUUCAGGCACAGGCGGCUGCAGCGAUCCGUCAGAGCUCGGCGAGAAAUCAUUCUCUCGGCGGGCUCUGUCAGCAGUCCCCAAUUACUCAUGUUGUCGGGAAUUGGUCCACGUCGGCACCUGGAAUCUCUAGGUAUUCGUGUGAUUUCGGACUUGCCCGUCGGGGAGAACCUACAGGAUCACAUCGGGGGAGCAGGAAUCAGUUUCAGCAUCAACGACUCUGUGUCGGUGGUCAGAAAGCGCUUCAAUCCCAAAACAGCUUUCGAUUAUUUCCUCAAGGGCCAAGGUCCCCUGACCGUCCUCGGCGGCGUGGAAGGAAUCGGCUUCCUCCGGACCAAGUACAACGCCGAGUCGGACGACUGGCCGGACGCCGAGAUACACUUCGUGUCGAGCAGUCCGGCCGCCGACGGGGGUCACACGAUCCGCCGAGUCAUGGGCAUGACUGACGAGCUGUUCAACCGCGUCUACAAGCCUUACCUGAACAUGGACUCGUUUACCAUGUAUCCCGUCCUGCUAAGACCCAAGUCGAGGGGCUGGAUCAAGCUGAGGUCUGCCGAUCCUAACGACCAUCCUCUUAUCGACCCGAGGUACCUCACAGAACUACAAGACGUCCUCGUGCUCGUUGAAGCCAUGAAGCAGCUGAUCGCCCUGGGCCUGUCGGAGCCGUUCCGCAAGUUCGACGCCCAGAUCUUCACGACGGACUUCCCGGGCUGCGAGGCGUACGCGCCGUACUCGGACGAGCACCUGGCCUGCCUGGCGCGCACCUACACGGCCACCAUCUACCACCCGAGCGGCACCUGCAGGAUGGGCGACGCCCGGGACCCCACCACGGUCGUCGACCCGGAACUCAGGGUGCUGGGUGUGAGCGGGCUGAGGGUGGUGGACGCUUCGGUGUUUCCCGACAUCCCGUCUGGCAACACUAACGCGCCCGUCAUCAUGGUGGCCGAGAAGGCCUCCGACAUGAUUCGGAAGUCGCGCGCUUUCGCCUGGAGACCGGCGAGCCUGUUCGGGCCACACGACUGGCUUUGGGACAGAUGACGGCGGUGCGUCAGUAUAGCUGCUCGUCAACCAAGUGCCAUGAGGAACGCUGUCAGUGCCGACGCCGCUUGUUCAUGCUGCUUUGUCGCCAUCUUGUGUGUGUGUCGGACGAUGCGGUCAGUUUUAAAGGGUGCAUCAUUGAAUUUUAAUACAUUUCCCGUAUAAUUGUUCAAUCCA